AUGAGCAGUCUGCCAUCCCCCCACCCCAGGCUCCUGGACCUCUCGGGGCAGAGCCUGCUGAGGAACAAGGCUGCAUCCAUCACCACCCCAGAGCCGCUGCCUGUGGAGUUCUUCCCACCACUCUUGAAGGCAUCCCUUGCCGGGAGGCACAGGGAGACUCUGCAGGCGAUGGUACAGGCCUGGCCCCUGGCCCUCCUCCCUCUGGGGACAUUGAUGAUGGAGCAGCAGCCCCACUAGGAGACCCUAUAGGUCACGCUCAGUGGGCUUGAUGUCCUGCUUGCCUAGAAGGUUCACCCCAGGAGAUGGAAACUACAGGUGCUGGAUUUAUGGACAAACACCCAUCAGGAAUUCUCGACCAUUUGGGCUGGGACCCCAGCCAGGGUCUGUGAGUAGGCACUGGAGCCAGAGACAGAGCCAUCCAUGGCGAAGAGGCAGAGGGCUGGGAUGGGGGAGAGGCAGCCCUUCGCUCCAGUAGAGGUGCUCAUGGACCUCUGCCUGAACGUGGCCGCCCCAGAUGAGUUCCUCACUGCCCUCCUUAAGAAGAUCAGGCAGAGAUGAGGUUUGCUACACGUGUGCUGUAAGGAGCUGCAGGUGUUUUCAAUGCCAGUGCAGAAUAUUGAGAAGCUGCUGCAGUUCCACUCUGUCCAGAACCUGGAAAUGAACUGCACCUGGAAACUUUUGACCCAGGGGCGGUUUGCCCCUUACCAGGGCCAGAUGGUGAACCUGCGCAGAUUCCUCCUCUACUGCUUGCAGGCCAUAUCAUCCCACCAUUCCUAGGCCAAGGAGAAGCAGGAUGUCUACCAGUUUUCUGCCCAGUUCUUCAGCCUGUACCACCUCCAGGAGUUCCGGCUGGACUCCAUCUCCUUUCUGGAAGGCCGCCUGCACCAGAUGCUCAGGUGCCUGAAGGCCCUCUUGGAGACCCUCUGAAUAACCAGCUGUCUGCUUAUGGAGUCAGACCUGGCACACCUGUCUCUGUGCCCCAACACCUGCCAGCUGAAAGACCUGAGCCUGAACAACAUCAGUCUGACCAGUGUGACUGCAAGGCCACUCCGAGUCCUCCUAGAGCAAGCCUUGGCCACCCUCCAGGGCCUGGACUUGGACAAGUGUGGGAUCAUGAGCACCUAGUUCAGUGCCAUCCUGCCUACCCUGGGCCACUGCUCCCAACUCGAGACCUUCAGCUUCUGUGGGAACCCCAUCUCCAUCGCUGUCCUGGAGCACACUGCUGGGCUGGACUACCUGAACCACAUGCUGUACCCUGCCCUGCUGGAGAGCUAAGAGGACGUCCACGGGACCCUGCACCUGGGCAGGCUGGCCCAGCUCCACGCCCAGCUGCCACAGAUCCUGCAGGAGGUGGGGUGGCCCAGCAUGGUCUGGUUCAGCACCAACCUGUGUCCUCAGUGUGGUGACAGGACCUUCUAUGACCCAAAUCCCAUUCUGUGCCCCUGCUACAUGCCUGCCUAG